GUGAACACCGAACACUGAAGACCGCGUUACUGGGAAUACCUUCUCUUAUUUCAUUUCCUGGUGCUCUAAUUGAAACAACACCUGAAUUUAAUGGUGUUUUGUGGCUCUGGUGACAAGUUGAUUAAAUAUAUUAAUUAACCAGAGCAGAAAUACCACUGUGGAGUCUUGACACAGAAGUCAGAAUACGGUGCUGUGUUGUGUUGGCCAUCAGGUGUUGCUGUGUUGCUGUUCUUGACCAUCAGGUGUUGCUGUGUUGCUGUUCUUGACCAUCAGGUGUUGCUGUGUUGCUUCAUCAUGGGUAUAUUAGGGCUGUCCAAGCUGAUUGCAGAUCUCGCCCCUUCAGCUGUCAAGGAGAAUGAAAUGAAAAACUACUUUGGGCGCAAGGUGGCAGUGGACGCGUCAAUGAGUUUGUAUCAAUUCCUGGUGGCGGUGCGGCAGGAGGGACAGAUGCUGACCACUGCUGAUGGCGAGACGACCAGCCACCUGAUGGGGUUCUUCUACCGUACGAUCCGCAUGGUAGAUAAUGGGAUCAAGCCAGUCUAUGUGUUUGACGGUAAGCCACCCACCAUGAAGGGCGGAGAGCUGGCCAAACGCACCCAGCGGAGGGAGGAGGCUCAGAAGGCACUGGAGAAGGCAGAGGAGGCAGGCAAUGCAGAGGAUGUUGAAAAGUUCAGCCGUCGUUUGGUGAAGGUGACUCGGACCCACACUGACGAGGCCAAGGCACUGCUGGAGCUGAUGGGCAUCCCCUAUGUAGAGGCACCCUGUGAGGCAGAGGCCCAGUGUGCCGCCCUCGCCAAGGCAGGCAAGGUGUACGGUGUUGCCACGGAGGACAUGGACGCACUCACCUUUGGCACUCCUGUGUUGCUGCGGCACAUGACCUUCAGUGAGGCGCGCAAGAUGCCAAUCAAGGAAUUCCACCUGUCAAAAGUACUCCAAGAUUUGGAACUCAAGCAGGAAGAGUUCAUUGACUUGUGCAUCUUGCUGGGGUGCGACUACUGUGACAGCAUCAAGGGUGUGGGGCCCAAGCGAGCCAUCGAUCUCAUCCGCACGCACAAGACACUCGAAACAGUGCUCAAACAACUCGACCCCAAGAAGUACCCAGUGCGAGAGUGGCCCUUCGCUGAGGCCCGGAACCUCUUCAUUGAGCCCGAAGUGACCGACCCAACAACCAUUGAGCUGAAGUGGAGUGAGCCUCAGGAGGAGAAGCUGGUGGAGUUCAUGUGUGGAGAGAAGGGCUUCUCUGAGGACCGCAUCCGUAACGGCAUCAAGAAGCUGACCAAGGCACGGAACACCACCACUCAGGGCCGCCUCGACUCUUUCUUCAAGGUCUUGCCGUCACCCACCACCAAUGCCAACAAGAGAAAGUCUGAGGAGAAGCCUGGAGCUGCCAAGAAAGCCAGGGGUGGAAAAGGCAAGUUUGGGAAGGGCCGGUAGAAGAGGAAAGGCGACUCCAGUGGUCUAGUGGUCGUCUUAACAAUGAUGUGUAGCAUUGUUAGGUGUAAGUGUUGUAAGUGGUUGGAGCGUCAUUACUUGUUUGUGUGUGAAAGUUCUCAGGUUUGUGAGGGAAAGUUUUGGAUCAGCAAGCAAGUGGUUAGACCUUCAUUACUUGUGUGAGUGUUAACCCCUUUAGUAGCAUGACAUGUUUCCAUAUUCAUUGUGGUUACUAUUUAGUGGUUUUAUACAGCUUCAGAAACUUUGGAGAUUAAAGUAGUGAAGACUGUGGCCAUUAAUCUAACCUCCAUAGACCCUUCCUGAUGUCAAUAAAAUGGUCUAAUCCUGCACCAAAAUCCAGAUAAAAAUGUAUCUCAGUACUGAAGGGGUUAAGGUUCCAUGGGUUUGUGAGGGAAGGUGAUCCAUUUACAGCAGCUAGUGUGAUGCUGUGGCUGUUUAUUAUGACGUUGUGACACUGAGCUGCUGUUUAGUGUGUCUGGUGUUCACUGCUAUAGACACAGCUGCUGUUUAGUGUUUGGUGUUCACUGCUAUAGACACACAGCUGCUGUUUAGUGUGUGGUGUUCACUGCUAUAGAGACACAGCUGCUGUUUAGUGUGUGGUGUUCACUGCUAUAGAGACACAGCUGCUGUUUAGUGUGUGGUGUUCACUGCUAUAGAGACACAGCUGCUGUUUAGUGUGUGGUGUUCACUGCUAUAGAGACACAGCUGCUGUUUAGUGUGUGGUGUUCACUGCUAUAGAGACACAGCUGCUGUUUAGUGUGUGGUGUUCACUGCUAUAGAGACACAGCUGCUGUUUGGUGUGUCUGGUGUUCUUACAGUUUUUACAUUUGUGUGUUUGUAUAUGUAUCUGUUUGUUGUUGUUGUUAAGAUUGAAGCAAAGCAAUGUGUCAAAGGAGAGCCUCAGCUGUCCCUAACUCCCUCAUUAAACCCUCAUGCUAAA